GUAUAACUUUUCUUAUUAUGGAUAUACUCUGAUCACCCUUGUUAUUUCUGAUGUUUUUUUUUCUUAUAUUAGUAGUCUGGCCAUUUUUAAGAUGUAGAAUUUUUAGAUCGCCUGGAUUUUGCCUUCUGUUAGAGGCUGAAAUAAUUACAGUGUUUGCCGGAAUCAUCGCCGUCAUUGUGAAAGACUCUGUAAUUUGAAUGUGGCCAGCAGUGAGACAGGUUCUACAUAAACCAUGGAAGCGAUUCUCCAUCCUCCGUUUUUUGGGGCUGCGCUCUCAAACUCGGUCUUUAGAGGGCAGUACGUUUGUGGCAUUUUCAUUCUGACCUAUCCCCUCAGUUAUUCCUGAUGACAAUUAGUGCAAUCAAGCUGCUGAAGGGGUGGCUGCAUGUGCAGGGGGAAGUAGCUUUCAGUGGCACUGAUGUGAUAGUUCUGCUUGUUGGGGCAACACCCCUGGCCUCUUAAUUAAAGAAUGAGUUCUGGUGUUCCUUAAUUAAGCAUGCUUCUCAGUAAUACUGUACUUGGGGACCCUCAGAUAGUCCAUGUUUUUGCUCCCUCAAAAACAUGAUAGCAAAAAUAUGGCAGGGAGCUCGGGUGAAACGAAAACGUAGACCGCUGGGGGUGUUCAUGGAAUGGGUGAAGAUACACUGCUGUAAAUGAACCUAUAAAGCAGAAGACAGCCUCAACCUCAACAACGUGCGGCUAUUGGCCCUGUGUAACGUAUGACUCUUUGGAUACUAGUAUAAUGUGAUUACCUCUCAUAUAACUCAGUCCUGUUUUUCAUGCGUAAUAUCACUCAUUCUUUUGUUCUCCCCACAUCUUAUACUGUGUGUUGAUCAGGAAAUGUAAACUUUUCAAUUUACAAGUGACCACUGCUUGACCACAUGAGACUUUCUUCCUUCGGGGAUUUGUGCUCCUUAUUCACCGUAAAUGACUUCUUUUCCCUUUUCUCUUCUUCUCUGGCUGGCUAUUUCACCCACUCCUCUCUCUGGCCGGCUUUCUCACCUGCUGCCCCAUGGGGGCCGGCGCCGGGGGAACGAAGAGGAGUACCUUUCCUACCUUGAGCACUACCAGGUGGUGGUCCCAGUGCAAGUGAAUGAGAACAGCGAGUUUGUAAGCUACACUGUGAGACACUUGGAGUCGGCACGGCAGAGAAGAGGGCUGGACCCGGUGAGCCCAGAGCUGCCCGAAUCGCGGCUGUACUACAGACUCUCAGCCUACGGAAGGCACUUUCAUUUGAACCUAACGCUCAAUCACUACUUGGUGUCAAAACAUUUUACUGUAGAAUACUGGGGCAAAGAUGGAGCUGAGUGGCGGCAUGGAUAUGUUGAUAAUUGCCAUUAUGUUGGAUAUCUGCAGGAUCAGUACAGAACUACGAAGGUGGCAUUAAGCAACUGUAAUGGCCUGCACGGUGUUAUCACAACCGAGGAAGAGCAAUAUUUAAUUGAGCCACUAAUGAAUAUAUCCUCCAAAAAUUCCAUUAAUUUUAACCUCCGAAAAGGACAACUGCAUGUUAUUUAUAAGAAGUCUUCCAUCCCUCGGCCGCAAGACCUCACCGAUGAGCUCAGUUGUGGUGUUGCAGACCUCACAAGAAGCAGGGUCCCCUGUUGGCCUAGGGACCCCCAAUCUGCCCCUCCAUCCCCCCUGCCGAUUAACAGCAGCGCGGGUGGUGUCCACCGGCAGAAGCGGUCCAUCAGCUCAGAGCGUUUUGUCGAGACCCUCGUGGUGGCCGACAAGAUGAUGGUUGGGUACCACGGCCGCAAGGACAUCGAACACUACAUCCUCUCGGUGAUGAACAUUGUUGCCAAACUUUACCGUGAUGCCAGCCUAGGAAACGUUGUGAACAUUGUUGUGACUCGACUCAUCGUCCUGACGGAGGACCAGCCCAACCUGGAGAUCAACCAUCAUGCAGACAAGUCCCUGGACAGUUUCUGCAAGUGGCAGAAGUCUAUCCUGUCACAUCAGGGAGAUGGGAACAGCAUUCCGGAGAACGGGAUUGCUCAUCACGACAAUGCGGUUCUCAUCACCAGGUACGAUAUCUGCACGUAUAAGAACAAACCGUGUGGAACGCUGGGCUUGGCGUCGGUGGCUGGAAUGUGUGAGCCAGAAAGGAGCUGCAGCAUCAACGAGGACAUCGGCCUGGGCUCCGCGUUCACCAUCGCCCAUGAGAUUGGGCACAACUUUGGCAUGAACCACGAUGGCAUCGGGAACUCAUGCGGGACCAAAGGCCAUGAGACCGCCAAGCUGAUGGCUGCACACAUUACAGCCAAUACCAACCCUUUCUCCUGGUCGGCCUGCAGCAAGGAUUACAUAACCAGCUUCCUGGACUCGGGUCGGGGGACGUGUCUGGACAAUGAACCUCUGAAACGAGACUUCCUAUACCCCACAGUGGCCCCGGGGCAGGUGUACGACGCGGACGAGCAGUGUCGUUUCCAGUAUGGUGCCUCCUCCCGCCAGUGCAAAUAUGGGGAAGUGUGUAGAGAGCUCUGGUGCCUCAGCAAGAGUAACCGCUGUGUCACCAACAGCAUCCCCGCAGCUGAGGGAACCCUGUGCCAGACGGGCAGCAUCGAGAAAGGGUGGUGUUACCAGGGAGAAUGCGUGUCAUUUGGGACAUGGCCCCAGAGCGUGGAUGGCGGCUGGGGACCCUGGUCCAUGUGGGGCGAGUGCAGCCGGACCUGCGGUGGUGGCGUAUCCUCGUCUGUGCGGCACUGCGACAGUCCAGUACCCUCAGGUGGAGGAAAGUACUGUCUUGGGGAGAGGAAGAGAUACAGGUCAUGCAAUACGGAUGCCUGUCCGGUGGGAUCUCGGGAUUUCCGAGAGAAACAGUGUGCCGACUUCGAUAGCCUACCAUUCCGGGGAAAGUACUACAACUGGAAACCAUAUACUGGAGGUGGCGUGAAACCAUGUGCCCUCAAUUGCCUGGCGGAGGGAUACAACUUCUACACCGAGCGUUCUCCAGCUGUGAUCGAUGGCACCCGCUGCCAAGCUGACUCCCUGGAUAUCUGCAUCAAUGGGGAGUGCAAGCACGUGGGAUGUGACAACAUACUCGGUUCAGAUGCCAAGGAAGACCGGUGCCGUGUGUGUGGAGGGGAUGGCAGCACAUGUGAGGUCACAGAAGGACUUUUCAAUGACUCUCUCCCAAGAGGAGGCUACAUGGAGGUGACUCUGAUCCCACGUGGGUCAGUCCACAUCGAGAUCAAAGAGGUAGCUGUCUCAAAGAAUUACAUCGCACUGAAGUCUGAGGGAGAUGAAUACUACAUCAACGGGGCGUGGACCAUCGACUGGCCCCGGAAGUUUGACAUUGCCGGAACGGCGUUCCACUACAAAAGGCCAACAGAUGAACCCGAGUCACUGGAGGCCCUGGGGAUCACCACAGAAAACCUCGUUGUCAUGGUCCUCCUGCAGGAGCAGAACCUGGGCAUCAGCUACAGGUUCAACGUACCCAUCGCGCGGACAGGAAGUGGGGAUAACGAGGCCGGCUUCUCCUGGCACCACCUGCCCUGGUCUGAGUGCUCCACCACCUGUGCUGGGGGUUCCCAGAAGCAGGAAGUAGUGUGCAAAAGGGUGGACGACAGUUCCGUUGUGCAGAACAGCUACUGCGACCCAGACAGCAAGCCGCCGGAAAACCAGAGGGACUGCAACACAGAGCCCUGCCCCCCUGAGUGGUUCAUUGGUGACUGGUCUGAAUGCAGUAAGACUUGUGACGGGGGCAGCCGGGCACGGACGGUCCUGUGCAUACGCCGCAUCCGGCUUGCUGAGGAGGAGACACUGGAGGACAGUCACUGUCUGACCCAUCGGCCCAUUGAGAGAGAGUCUUGCAAUAACCAGUCAUGUCCCCCGCAGUGGGUCACCCUGGACUGGUCAGAGUGCACCCCCAAGUGCGGCCCUGGCUUCAAGCACCGUAUUGUUCUUUGCAAGAGCAGCGAUCUGGCCAAGACCUUCCCACCCGCCCACUGCCCUGACCACAACAAGCCCCCGGUGCGCAUCCGCUGCAGCCUGGGCCGCUGCCCGCCCCCCCGCUGGAUCCCUGGAGAGUGGGGACAGUGCUCGGCGCAGUGCGGCCUCGGGCAGCAGAUGCGCACUGUGCAGUGCCUCUCCUACACGGGGCAGCCCUCUAGCGAGUGUCCCGAGUCCCUGAGGCCCCCCGCCAUGCAGCAGUGCGAGAGCAAAUGCGAUGCCACCCCCAUCUCCAACGGUGACGAAUGCAGAGACGUAAACAAGGUGGCCUACUGCCCACUGGUGUUGAAGUUCAAGUUCUGCAGCCGCGCAUACUUCAGGCAGAUGUGCUGCAAAACAUGCCAAGGACACUGACCCGUGUGGGAGAGGGACUAGGGCCGGGAAGAGGACGGCCGGACAAGGAAGAGGAGGAGGAGGAAGAGGAGGAGGAGGGCCACGGGGAGCAGGGGCCCGUGUCUGGCACCCGCAUGUGUUUUUUUGUUUUUUUCAUUAUCCUGUGGAAACCCAAACCACUGCUCAGCCUGGGCUGACACAUCUCAGUUUAUCUGUCACUUCUGUGAAGUGGGAACAUAUGUGAUUGUUGCUGUUAAUGUUAUUUUUAUUAUAAUAAUAAUGACGACAAUUAUUAUUAUUAUUACUAUAAUGAUUGUGUUCGUUUGUUUGUAAUCCAAAGUGCUGGACACAUCACACGCAAAAAUAUGCACCGUACUGCAGAUGCAGAUGGGGUUAGGUUUUCCUCGAAGGUGGGGGUGUCUGUGGAAAUGCUUGGGAUGCCCCCUCCCCCCUCCUGAGACCACAAAGUCACAGUGGCCUGUAAUUGUGAUUCUGCCUCGCUUUGACUCCCGGCCUUGUAAAUACACCGCCCCCUAUUGGCCUCGACGUUUCUGUUAUUAUCUAAUAAAGUGAAUCGGUUAGUACUCCUUUUUUGCAUACACUCCUGAUUUAAAUCUUGUCGUUUUUUAAAAAUAAGAUCUUUAUAUAAAGUUUGGCAGUUUGUUAACGGGCAUGCCACUUUAAGAGCAUACCACCUUAAAAGCAUGCCGCCUUAAGAAACCUGAACAACUUUAGAGGUGGCAGUAAGAUAUUGUUAUAAGGUAUUACUUUUUGUAGCUUUUUUUGCUUUUUCCUCCCUCCUGCUUUCCCUCCUCCUCUUCCUCUCUCUAAGAAAACAAAUAAUGAGGUUGCGUCUUUGCUGUUCGCUCCCACUUCUGUCAGUGGCUCACUGGCUGGACCAUACAUGCUGUCCUGCAGACACGUGGCCCAGUGCAGGACCUCCACCCUGAAGGGGGCGCCUCAGAAAAUUACAGAGAGAGAGAGAAAAGGUGUUCAGUGAUACUGAGAGGCUUGUCUUUACACUAUGGUGGGGGUUCAGGAUCUAAUGGGAGACCGAAAUUUAACCUGAUUGGGUGGGAGGGGGUGUCCUCCCAGAUGGUGAAAGGGGAAUAAUGUCUUAAUGAAUAGACUUGGUGGUUGGGCCCCUGAGCCACCACUGGAUCUCAUGUCCCAACCUCAGGUUCCUGGGAUCAAACAGUGAAAUAAACAGUGCAUAUGAAAACUAUUGCAUGUAAGAAGGGUGUAUGCCAGUGAGAGGUGCUGUUUCAGGCCUUGGUGUGCAAUGCAUGUGCUCAUUCAUGUAUGAAGUGCACUGCUACAGGAAACAAGUGCUUUAUGUGUGUCCCUUCCCCCUCAUGUUGAGAUGGAGAUCCCCGAAACACACACGCUCACCACAGCAUACGGGCUGUAGCCAAGCAACUGCAUCUCCUCGGCGGUGUCAUGUGACCUACCUGGCCUGGAAAGGGUUCAGGCACAUCCUGAGCCAAUCUCCCAUGGACAUGGAUGGACAGAUGGAUCAUGACAAACCAGAUCUUUGCUGAUCUCUGAUUGGCUACCUCCAGACCAUGUGAUCAUCCACCACCGUCUGAUUUACUCAGCUUGCACUUGGAGCUGUCUCAAAGGGAAGGUGUGAUCUGUAGCACAUUUCUGCAGAGUAUUCCAGGUACCUGGGAAGCUUCCCCUCAUCCCGCUCUUCCACAGGUGGAGAACUCUAUUUUUGGUGCUUCCAAGCCCCCACCCCCAGUAAUCUGUAAUGCACUUCUGCACAAUGCUGCCCCAGCUCACUUGACAGUGACUAGAUUUAUUGUGGGCCAUUGGUAUAUGUGUUGGUGCAUGGAUUUUACCCUUUUGGGGGGUGGGGUUUAAUGUGACUUAUGUCAGUUUGGGUAUUCGGAAGGAGGCUUUUUUCUGCGGACAAUGGACUUCUCAACGCAUCUCUGGCCUGUGCUGCUCUCCUUCAUUUACUCUAGUCAGACGAUGUUUGGACACCCCAGAAGCUGGUGAGGAACCUCUCUCUCUUUUGUAUGCAACUGGGGUUUGAAAAGGCUACAAAACACAGGAGAUAAACACUGAGACUGAAACAGAAUAGAACGUAAACUGGUUUUGUAAAAUGUGGAUUAGAUAGAAAGAAAUAAAAAUGGCAACAGUUAUACGGAAUAUCUAUGAAUCAUGACAGAUUCUCUUAUCAUUAAAUAGCCCCAAUAUAUCACGUUACUUGUUCUUCCGCUGUACUUUGUAGACUCUCUACAAGAUAAAAACAGACCAUUUUGAAAUAAACUUAAUACCAAGGACAGAAAAAAGAGUAAGAAAAAAACAGUGAACAAGACAUGCUAAUGAUUGUUAAAAUUACAUUGUCUGGCAGAUUCUUGUGUAAGUUUACAGGUGUGGGAUCAUGAAGCUUCCCAAGACUCAACAAAACUGGCACUCAUAGCUGUGAACUCUGGAUGUCAUGUCACUUACCCCAUAAAUGCUGGUUUAGUUGCUUGUAUUUUGUAUGCAGUAUUAAUGUUGGUACACUGUUACUAAUGUUUUUAUUUCCAGUUGUAAAUUAUAUGCUAAUUUAUUACAUCGUUGCACUCGCGUCACAUUUAUUUCACUGCAUGCAAUUAAAAAAAAUUAGUAGAAUAAAAAUAUAUGCAGUGAAAUCCGUUCCCUGGCAACCUGCUUUAAUGUAAGGACAAUAAAAAAGCUGAUCUGAAA